CUAAAAAUAUAUACAGUUAUAAUUAAAUUUGCAAACAUAGCUAGUCUAAAAAGAUGGAGGUCGUUCUUUAUUUGAUUUGCGCGCCAAUAUUAUUUAGCUUUGUGAAUACAGGACCUGUGCAGGAUACAAAAUUAGUGAAAGGAUAUCAUUCUGGCUUCCUUUCAGACUGUCCUGGUAAAGAGAAUCCAAUAUUGAUAUCGAAAGAAUCUUUGAAGAAUAUUCGUAUUAAAGUCAUAGGAGCUAAAGCAACACCACGUUCAGUAAGGAGGAAGUACACAUAUUAUCAAAUAAAGCAGAUGGCUAAAGACCCCACAAUGGAUUACAGUCGGAAAACAGUAAUAUUCAUAAGUGGUUACUUUGAUAAUCCAGAUUUACCCCCUUCCAGGAUCUUGGAGAGUAGUUACCGGAAUUUAGGUUAUAAUGUCUGGUUGAUAGAUAUUUAUCAAUUUGUAAAUUAUCAAUUUCCAGAAGUCGCACGUUUUGUCCCUUCCGCUGGAAGACGUGUUGGUGAAAUGUUAUACAACCUGACUCUUGAAAACGUCGGGUUCAACCCUAAAAACCUCGAAAUUGUAGGUCUGAGUCUCGGUGGUGAAACCAUCAGCUUCAUAGCUAAAUCCUUCAAGGAAUUAUCGGGUACUAAGUUAAGCAAACUUACUGCAUUAGACCCAACGGGGCCGUGCUUUAGAAAUUUAGGUCCUGAUCAAAGACUGGACCAGAGUGAUGCCGAUUACGUGGAAGUGGUAAGCACUAACAUAGAUGGUUUAGGAAUGGCUGCUCCAGUGGGCCAUGUUAAUUUUUACAUCAAUGGAGGGGAAUAUCAACUAUCUGAUCUUUAUUGGAUACCUUGUGAAUUACUCUGUAGCCAUGUUAAGGUGUAUACAAUAUGGUAUUCAGCACUGCGGAAUCCAAACAGCUUUAUAGCAAUGCAAUGUGAUUCAGUACAGCAGGCGCGGGAUAUGAAUUGUUACGACAGGACACCAAUGGUCACCAAUCUACUCGGACCCAACGUUGAUCAGACGAAGCAUGGCAUAUUCUAUUUGGCUGCAGACUAUAAUUAUCCUUAUUAUAUGGGUGAGAAGGGUUUGAAGAGAGAAUUUGAACCGGUUUCAAAUCUGUUAAAGCAAAUGAAUAAGGAAGAUGUUAUUGUUGUUUAA